AUGGAUGAGGAACAUCAACUGGCACAUGAUUUGCGCAUCGUCAAUUCAUUUGGCGUUGGCACUGCGCGCUACUGCUCGUGCUGGCCUUCGACUCUAGCGAGUAGCAGCAAGAGUCUUGCUCAAGAAGACCCUCGCCUGGGCACUACCUACGUCGACGUGCCGCUCGGCUGCAACAUCGUGCGGUGGGACAUUGAUCGGCGCGAGCGCGUGAGGUUCUUUCGCCCCCACGGCGACAUCGUAACCUGCAUGCUCAAGACCGACGACUUCAUCUUCACCGCGUCCGAGGCCGGCGAGGUGGCCCUCUGGGACCACCACCCCGACCACGUCUGGCGCCUGCUCGAUCGUUCGCACCACGCUACGCGCCGGGUGAAGGUCACCCACGCCGCCGUCUCCCCCUGCCGCGGCCGCAUCGUCACCACCUCCGAGCACGCCGACGGUAUCGCCACCCUCUUCAAGGUCUACUACUCAACACCAGAGCAGCAGCUGCGGCUGGUGAAGGUCUUGGAAUUCGGAGCUGGCGCAGGCUACACCUUUGUCGAGUGGGCCGACAGCGGCGGCGGGGAGCCCGACUCGCUGCUGUUGGUCGCCGUGCGCCAGCCACCGCGCGCCUCGCGGCGCUCUGUCGAGGGUCCCUCCCCAGCAACAACGCAGCACUCAGAGACAGCGCUGCAUCUGAUCCGGGUCGACGAGCGCAGCGGCGAGUGGCGCGUGAUCAAGGAGCGCGCGCUGGAGCUGCCCAGCGCCACGCGGUCGUCGGCGGUCUCGGUAAGCGCCAUGGCCAAGGAGGACCGCCCGUCGACCGAUGGUGGGCCGGUACGGAUGGCGAUCGCGCUCAGCGGCCGCCGGGUCGAGGUUGUGGACAUGCGCACGCUAGCGACCCUGUGGACGGUCGAUGCCUCCGGCGGGUCGGGCCUCAUCAAGUGCCUCGCGUUCAAGUCCGCCGGCGAUCGGCUCCUGUGUCCCGGGGACAACGCCCGGCUCACCGUGUGGCAGCGCGACCGGCUGGCUGGCGAAUUCGUUCUCGACGGUCUGUCCAGCGGCUCUAUCUACUACGUCGACUGCGACGACGCCGCGGAGGAGGCCUGGGUCGUCAACGAGGCCGGCAUCCACUCGUGUCCGCUCCGCCGCCCUCUGUCGUCCACCGUGAGCAGCGUCGUCACGCCGCUUCCGGUCCUGCGUGACGACGUCGAAGCUGCGUUCGAGCCUCAAGCGCGCCACAUGGCCUUCCACGCCAUGACCUGCUGUGGGCUGGACUUCAACUGGGAGGGGACGCAGGUGGCCGUGGGCGACUUCGCGGGCAACGUGAUCGUGUGGGACGUCGGCUCGCACCUCCCGCUGGCGUCGACCCGCGUGCCCUCCCUCCUGCCGGUCCGCUCGAUCUGCUGGCGAAGGCCGUCCCACCGCCCGGACGGUCCGGCGCCACACGUCCUGAUCGGCUGCGUGAGCGGCGACAUCUACUCGUGGAACCCGCUCCAGCCUGCGCUCGGAGACACCGUGACCUGCAUGCGGUGGGAGCACGGCGACGCGCCGCGCCUUCUCGCCGCGGGAACGACCAACGGCACGCUGCAUGUCAUGCGGCUCGUGGUGUUCGGCUCGAUCGGCCUGUUCGCCGAGAUCUGGUCGCUCGCGUGGUCGCCCGACAAUGGCGCGAUCGCGACCUGCUCCGAGGACCAGACCACCUGCGUGUGGGCUCUUCCCGGCGGCGAGAAGCGACGCACGCUCACCGGACACACCACGGCCGUCACCGGCGUCGACUGGCAGCUCAUGCGGCGCCUGCCCGCCGCGUCGUCGUCGUCAUCAGCUGCGGCGACGGCGACGACAGAGGAGGAGGAGAGUGAGUGGCACGAGGUGCUGGCCACGUGCGCCGAUGAUCGGAAGGUGAUGGUGUGGAACGCGCGGACGUGGGCGCUCAUGCACGUGUUCGACACGAGCGAAGACAUCCACGACUGGCACACGCUCACCUACUGCGCGCUCCAGCCGCGCGGCGACAAGCUGUGCUGCGUCACCCAGAACGGCGCCGUGGCGGUGUGGGGUGUGGGCGACGGAGCGCCAAGGCAGCGACGGUGGGUGGGCAAGCUUCACACGGGGUCGGUCGAGGGUCUGGCGUGGAGCCCCACCAGCGAUCUUCUCGCCACCUGCUCCUCCGAUUGCACCGAGCUGGAGGGAGUGGAGGUGGAGGCGGCGGUGGCUCGCGAAAUGGGUCAAGCCAGGGGAAGCGACGUAGGGCGAGUAUAG